ACGCAAACUAACGUUUCAAACAGCAGUAGCGUGCUGGCUUCAACGUUGGAAAGACCAAUUCAUAUCCUUCCACGAAAGACCCUUGGUACAAGAUUGAUUCAUAUCUCGUUUUUUGUCGAUUUUUUUGCGCUUCAAAGUAUGAAUAAACCUGUGGUGGUCUCAGUUCUCAUUCUUCAGUGUUUACUGGCUUCAACUCUUGUGCUAGCUAGCUCUGAACAAUGCUCUAGUUGCUGCAACCAAGAUCCCUGCAGCAAAGACCUGAUUGCAUACUACAAAUUUGAUCGUUCAUUUCGAGACGUGUGCUAUGGUCAUAAUGGACUAAAUGUUGGUGCAGUGACUUUAUCAGAGUCCGCCGGAGUUAACAAAGGAGCUGCAUUUUUCAACGGGGCAAGCAAACUUCGUAUACCAAGCCUUAAUGGCUAUCAAUGGGGAUACCAAUUCUCUGUAAGUCUUUGGUUUAAACGUACUGGUCAGACAGGCAACUAUCAAGGGAUCAUAAACAAUGGUUAUUAUUCGUACGGAAGUUGGGAGAUCAGAAUGGGUCGAGAAAGUUCCGGGCAAAUGAUUGGCGGAGGAGUUGUGACGUCAAAUUCUCUUCAAACUUGGAAUUACCAAACGACGGCUAGUCUCAAUCACUGGCAUCAUGUUGCAAUGACGUACGAUGGAACGACUCUAAACUUUUAUAUCGAUAACCAAAAAAAGAAUGGCUCGUCUAAUUGUUGUAAAGGCAACCUCAUCAACAAAAGUAACGAUGUCGUAAUUGGCCAAGCUGGUCAUGGUAUGGCACAUGAAUUCUUUUAUGGUUACAUUGAUGAAGUGAAAUUGUUCAAGAAAGCUUUAACAGCUGAUGAAGUUACACAACUCUACCAACUUAAACAUGUUUAAUAUAAAAUAAAUUACAAUAUA